GCGGAGCCCCUACCUACCGAAAACCAAUGACGUGCGGAUAUCUGUGGACAUAGAUCUGUUCCAAAAUGUCGACUUCUAAUCGCUGUUAUCAGGGACACUGUCGCGCUAUCAGUUCUACGGCUGCGUAAGACUACUUUACUCAUUAUUCAGUAUUCACCAAUAUUAUUAGGAAAACGAAAAAGAAAAAGGACAACAAAUUGUAUCAUGUGUGUGUCUACUGUCUACAAUCUAGUAUUGAGUUCCUGCCAUAAUAUUAUAUUAAAUGUGUAAUGUUUUAUGAUAAUAAAUUAAUUACUAAGUUAACUACGCGUGAAACACCAACGUGAUUUUUCAUACCAUUUGAAAAUGCUCGUAGUUUCCGACCUCUGCUUUGCUCUAAAAUUCUUUUAAAAUAUCUAUCGAGUACAUCAGUAUUGCUGCGAAAAGCAAGAACCUUUCGUGUUUUACUUAUUUAUACGCGCCUGGUACAUAUAAGCACACUCACAAAAUGAUGGUCAGAUCGGAUGCAAAUAGCAUGGUCAAUCGCGUGCGUAGAACUCUAAACAAUGCGAUCAGGGACGAAAACUUCUACAUGGCUCAUCAAUUGUACAAAUCCCUCUAUUCCAGAUAUAUAAGCAUGCAAAACAAAAACGCUGCCAUAAUGACACUGCAGGAAGGAAUUAUUGUACUAUAUGAUAAUAAUCAAAUUAGCAUUGCUACCGAUUUAGCACAACUAUUUGCAAAAUCCUUAUCAACACAGCACAUCAUUCCUUCUGAAAAUAUGUUUGAUUUCAUUAGAGAUAUAUUUAGCAAAUUCGGUCCAUCACUAUCUGCAGAACGAAAUUCCAUGUUAAAUCCAAUCAUACAGUGGACGAUUGAACAUUGUCCUGAAUACCCAAUGGGACAUCCAGGUUUACAUAAACGUAUAGGAUAUAUCUAUUGGUCAGAGGCUAACUUUGCAUUAGCUCAACAUCAUUAUUUGAGAUCAACAGAUGGUUUAUCAUUCGCAGCUAUGUUGGUAGAAAUGCAUAAAACACGAGGAUUUAAAUAUGAAGUUGAUUUAUUUAUUACACAAGCUGUACUGCAAGGAUUGUGUAUGCGUAACAUAUCAAUGGCACAAUCAACAUUUCAGUCAUAUACUAAGUUACAUCCUGCUAUAAAUGAUGAACCACCAUACAUUUUGCCAUUACUCAAUUUCAUUUGUUAUUUAUUAAAAAUAUUAGAUGGUGGAAAACUAAAAACUUAUAUAGUACUUUGUGAGCAAUAUCAAUCAUCUUUGACCAGAGAUCCGAGCUACACUGAAUAUUUAGAUAAAAUUGGACAACUUUUUUUCCAUGUCAAGCCAUAUGAAAGGAGACCUAGACAACAACAUGGAUUUUUAGGUAAUUUGAUCAGUACAUUGAUGGGCGACUAUGACCGUGAUGGAGAACCACGUCCAUCAUCUUCACGUCCGAUAAAUGUAGAACCUCUUGAUUAA